UUUCAUGCACUUUUCUUUUCAUUUAGGCUGAGUUUGAUAAAGCUGCAGAAGAAGUUAAGCAACUGAAGUCUAAACCAACAGAUGAAGAAAUGCUGUUCAUCUAUGGUCACUUCAAACAAGCUACAGUGGGAGAUGUAAACACAGAGCGCCCUGGUUUCAUGGACUUCAAAGGCAAAGCGAAAUGGGAUGCCUGGAACGAAUUAAAAGGAAUGUCCAAAGAAGAGGCAAUGAAAGCUUACAUAGCAAAAGUGGAAGAAUUAAAGAGCAAAUAUGGCAUCUAAGAACUGAGUCCACUCAUCACUUGCACUGGAAUAUGCCUUACUGGUAGUAGUGGAUGUGUAGUGCACUGCAGUUUGAGUUUGUCAGUUCAGAUUAAACUGUUGUCUUAACUAGCUGAUCAGGUAUAAAUGUACACCUAAAUAACUGGAUACCUUUACACUAAAUGAUUAAAGUACACUUGUUACUCA